AUGAUGCCCGUCCAGUAUUACCAAAUCGGCGGCUUUAGAGCCCACUGGCGAGGCAACGAUUUUGACAACGACAACGCUGCGAAACACCUGAUGCAAAAGGGCGUGAAGCUCUCUGACUUCUCUUCGACGACAGGUAUCCACCCGAACGGCGCGUCUGCGCUCCUCCUCCCAGCCUCGCGCUCCGCGGCCGUCAUCGGGCGCGUUCGAGGUCGACCGUACGAGGCGCACAUGUUCCUGUCGCUCUCCCCGAUCGAGUUCGCGGGGCCCGCGAGCCUCGCGGAGAAGCUGAAGCGGCUCGAGAGCAAGAAGGGCGGGCCCAAGGGCGCCGAGCCGCGCGACCGGAGCCAGGCGAACACGCAGUACACCGCGGGGGGCCCGAGGCAGUCGACGGACGGGGAGCGGCGCGCGAGGUUCGAGCAUCAGAGGGUGCUCUAUCAGGUGUUGCAGGAGGCGAUCGAGCUGGAGGACUACGCGCUCGCGCCCGCGAAGUCGCUGUAUCGGUGUCGGAUCUGCGCGUUCGCGUUCAACCUGUGGGCGGCGGACACGCGCGUUCUGCCCGACCGGCACGCGGAGCCGCAGAUGCUGGACAUCGGCUGGACGGAGUUCGACGCACCGUCGCAGGAGGGAGACUUGACGCCGGCGUCGACGACACACGUCGUGAUUGAAGAAGGUCGUCUUUACAAGAACCACGGAAAGCGGCCCGCCACUCUACCUGACGUUACCCAGACUUUGACCCUCAAGGAGUGCUCACGGCUGCUCAAAGAGCUCUUGACACCGGAGGAGAACGAGCGCAGAGACCAGCCCAUCCUGUUCCUGGUGCACAACGCGACAUGGGCGAAGAGCGUGCUCCGCGCACUCGGCGUCGAUGCAAACCAGUGGAAAGGCGGUGUGAGCGAUUUGCUCUACUCUGCUAGGAGUGCCCCGAGACUCGCUGGUGGCGUACCAGAGAGCGGCAGGGCGGCGAAGACGCGGUCACGCUCGCGGUCACCGCAGUGGAGGGAGGCGCUUGUGGGCGGUCGCGCACGAUCCCCGCAUCGGCGUGAGCAGCCUGCUGUGCACCUGGUGGAUGUACGAGAGCUGUAUGAGUGCGUGAUGCACGUACCGAAGGAGGGCGACACAGUGCGCGCGACGGCGAGGGCCCUGAACGUCAAGGACGACGAGCGCGAGGCGGUCGACGGGCUCUGUGCGGGGACGGAGAGCAGGCUGGUCGGUCUGGCAUGGGAGGCGAUGGCGAUGGACACUGCAGUGGACGAACAGCGGGCGAUACGUCUGAAGUUCCACAAUCACGAUGCUGCGAUGCCUCCGAUGCCGCCGAUGCCGCCUGCGGGCGCGGGGGAUGCCGAUGAGGAGGUGGAUCCUAACGAUAUCAUACCCAGUGGACGUGCGCAAGGGGCGCCGGGCCCCUCUUUUGAUUAUGACGAUUUGACGGACUCUGACUUCGAGUAG